AUGGCAGAAACUAUCGAAGGCGAUAAAAAGAAGCCCGUUGCCAAGCCAUGGAUUGUUCGAUUGACAAAAGCUCUAUUGACUGAUGAAGUAGCAACUUCUAAAAAUUCAAGCAGCCAUCAAAUGACGGAAGCUAUAUCAACAAGUGGUGAAAAGACGCCCCCUGUUAUGGCAAGCAGUUUUUCAGCGAUGAAAGCUACCGAAAUUGGUGCCGGAAAGAUAUCCACGCAACCCAAAAGCAUUCAACUAGCUGACAAUACCGCUACUGAUAAAGUGGCGAUUUCAAAUAAAUCAAAAAGUAUUAAAGGAGAAAAGAAUCCUGUGCCUCAUGGAUCUCCUAGUUGCGCUGUUAUCCAAACGUCUCCGUCUCAUGCAGAUAAAACUUGGAUUGAUAUUCAAUUUCAUGACAAAGAAAAAACAAUAGUAAAAAAGCCUGAUAAAUUUGAGAAUGAAAUGAAUGAACCUGAUGCAUUAAUUAAUGAAGAAAUUUUGAAUCGUAUCCAAGGAUCUAUGGUAGGACUGGCUUUAGGUGAUGCGCUUGGCGCUUAUGUUGAAUUUCGACCGCGUCAAUACUUAGUAGACCACCCAGUAACUGAUCUUGAAUCUGGAGGAACAUGGGGUCUAACCAAAGGACAAUUUACCGAUGAUACUUCCAUGGCACUUUGUUUGGCUAAUUCAUUAGUAGCUUGUCACGGUUUUAAUCCUUAUGAUCAACUAGUUCGCUACAAAUGGUGGCACCAAUUUGGAUAUAUGUCGUCGAUUGGAAAUUGUUUUGAUAUUGGAGCAGGUACUAGGCAAUCUCUACGAGAAUUUGAGCGUCGUCAGAAAACAUUUGCAAAGGAAUUCAGCAUUCCCUUGACAGAUAUGGAUCAACUUUCUGAUGGGGCACUACUAGAGAAAUUUGAUAUCUAUUGCAGUGAAGAUGGUGUUGCAGGCAAUGGUGCUCUUACGCGUCUUGCACCGGUACCAUUAUUUUUUCAUAGAUUUCCUGCAAUAGCUGUGGAAUAUUCCGGUAUCAGUGGACAAAUCACUUAUGGAGAUACAAUAGUCUACGAUGCAUGUCGUUAUUAUGGUGCUUUAAUUGUGGCUGCUCUUCAUGGUGAGCCCAAAUCACAAUUACUCGAUAAUAAAUUUUACUCGAGACACGCAGAAUGGUUUCGUAACAUCCCACUUCACCCUGGUAUUCAGUCAAUUGCUGAAGGAUCAUACAAAAGAGUAGGUGGAUACAAUGCUGGUAUUCGAGGGAAAGGUUAUAUAGUUAGUGCUCUAGAGGCCGCUCUCUGGGCAUUUUGGUCUGAUGACAAUUCUUUUGCAAAAGGUGUUCUUGCUGCUGUCAAUCUUGGUGAUGAUACAGACACAACAGCUGCUAUCUAUGGACAGCUAGCUGGAGCUUAUUAUGGUUAUGGAAAAUUACCUGAACGUUGGCUUCAACAUCUGUAUGCUAGAAAAUUCAUGGAAAAACUAAGUAAGUGGUUAGGGUACGAAGGCGAAUGUUGGCAAAAACGAUAUAAAGAUACUGGCUCGUACUUACCAACUACUAAUAUUUAA